AUGUGGCUCAAACAUCUCCUCUCUCUUACUCUGCUGGCGGCCUCAGCCGUUCUCUCCAACCCUCUUCCAAAUCCAAACCCCGCCGACAUCCCCGUCUUUGACAACAGCGUAUGCUCCGCCAAAGCCGAAUGCAAGAACGCUCAAGUGAGCGCGAAAGUAAGGGUUUGCGUUAGCCCCUCUAAGAACGGAAAGGUUGUGGUGCAGAUGCAGGCGUCUGAAAUUAUGCUCGCGGCCUACGUACCAGGAAGGGUGAAUCGUCCCUGGUCAGCACAGAAUGGACAGUAUACCUACGAAUUCAAAACGGAGCUUAGUACGAUAACCUUCGACGCAAAGGGCGAAUCCAAUAGUGACAAUACCUGGGUGAAUAGAGCAGCUGCGAUUGGGCCUGGAAAUGCUUCUCUGCGCUGGGGGUUUAAGCUGACUCCCAAAAAGGUUCCUGAACAACUUGUGAAACAUCGCGUCACUGUCGAGGACUUGACCUUGAGCUGCGAGUGGAAUGCGCUCUCUGGUUUGACCAUUCGAUCUGGUUAA